UUGGGAGCUUCCAUGAACUCCCUAAUUCACACAACGAUUUUGAUGCACUUCCCUUUUUGUGGAUCUCGGAAAAUCCACCACUUUUACUGUGAGUUUCCAGCUGUUGUCAAGUUAGUGUGUGUGGAUAUCACUGUUUAUGAAAACACAGUGUACAUCAGCAGCAUCACAGUUCUCCUCAUCCCCAUCCUCCUGGUUUCUACAUCCUAUGCCUUCAUCCUGCGCAGUGUUGUUCAGAUGCGCUCAGCUGGGAGCAAGAGAAAUGCCUUUGCCACUUGUAGCUCUCACCUCACUGUGGUUUCCCUUUGGUUUGGUGGCUGUAUCUUCACAUACAUGAGACCCCGGAGUCAGCGUACUCCAUUGCAAGACAAAGUUGGCUCUGUGUUCUACAGCAUCAUCACUCCCACACUGAAUCCUUUAAUUUAUACUCUCCGGAAUAAGGAUGUAGCUAAAGCACUGAGAAAAGUACUGGGGAGAAGUAUUGUCACCCAGUGA